UUUUGCUCUCUCUCAUUUUUUUUUCUCUCUGCCUGCGAGGAAGUGUGUGUUUCCUGUGAAGGGAGGCUCUAGGAUUAACUUUGCCCUACCUGGCUGACUGUGUACAACUGUUUCUCCCAGCACCGGACAGAAACAGGCGGUAAGGUGAAGCAGACUGCCAGUCUGGAGUUCCUCCUGGUUGUAUUCAGCCCGGUCUGGCUUUGGGGAAGCAAAGGGAGAGAGAGGGGAGUUGCCUAAUGUCGCAGUAGAAGCGGAGGGGGAGAGAGAGAGAGGGGGAGUGAGAGGAGACAGGUCGGAUCAGGGGGUUUGUGGUGCUGUGGGGGCAGACAGACCUACAGAGGAACAGACAGGGCCCUGGACAAGGCAUGUCCAUCCGACUGAGGCGUCCUGAGGCAGAGACAGGAUUCGUCCCGAGCGUCCAAGACUUUGAUAAGAAGUUAGCGGAGGCCGACGCCUACCUUCAGAUCCUCAUCGACCAGCUGAAGCUCUUUGAUGAGAAGCUCAAGGACUGCAAGGAGGAUGAGUCACGCAGAAAAAUUGAAGAUUUGAAGGACACAACGUGUAGUAUGGUAGAGUCCAUUAAGCACUGUAUUGUAUUGCUGCAAAUUGCCAAGGAUCAAAGUAACGAACAGCAACACGCGAACGGACUUAUAAGCACCAUCAACCCAGUGGAUGGGAUCUUCCAGCCUGCUGUGGAAAACUCAGUAGUCAACACCGCCAUGCCAACCCAGACCACACUACCCACAGACGGCUCGCAGGUGUGUAAAGCGGACCAGCGACCCUCCACGCUGUCCGUGGGGCCCGUCGUCACGGUGAUGGGCAGCCUACAGACCCCCACUCCCAACAGCACAGGGAGUGGUCCGUCAGGCCCCAGUAGUGGGGGCAUGUCUCCUGCCCACAUCCCCCUCCCCUCUCACUCGGUACCAGACUUCUCCUACUCCAGCAGCGAGGACGAGUUCUACGACGCAGACGAGUUCUACCAGAACACCACCUCCCCCAAACACUGCUUAGAUCCCUCCAGGCAUCCUGGUGCGUUGGGACACGAUGAUUCUGGGAACCUGAAGCGACCAGACACCAAUGAGUCCCUCAGUUCCUCCAUGUCUAACGGCACCACUGACGCAGACCAGUUUGACAGCCAUGAUGACCCAGAUGACGAGGGGGAGGGGGAGUCUGUGGAGGAGCACAAGAGCGUCAUCAUGCACCUGCUGUCACAGGUCCGCCUGGGCAUGGACCUCACCAAGGUGGUCCUCCCCACCUUUAUCCUGGAGAGGAGGUCUUUGUUAGAGAUGUACGCUGACUUCUUUGCCCACCCGGAUUUGUUUGUCAGCAUCGCGGAGCAGGAGGAUGCCAGGGACCGCAUGGUGCAGGUGGUGAAGUGGUACCUGUCAGCCUUCCAUGCAGGCAGGAAGGGCUCUGUGGCCAAGAAGCCCUACAACCCCAUCCUAGGAGAGGUGUUCCUCUGUCACUGGGACCUGCCCUGCGAGGGCAGCGAGCCCGCGCCAACGGAGCCUGUAUCAGAAGGCCCAGUUCCCUGGUCCUCAGCCAACAGUGUGUGUUUUGUAGCAGAGCAGGUCUCUCAUCACCCCCCGAUAUCUGCAUUCUACGCAGAGUGUUGUAGUAAGAAGAUCCAGUUCAACGCCCACAUCUGGACCAAGUCCAAGUUCCUGGGAAUGUCCAUCGGAGUCCACAACAUCGGGCAGGGCUGUGUGUCUUGUUUGGAACAUGACGAACACUACAUCCUCACCUUCCCCAAUGGCUAUGGCAGGUCCAUCCUGACUGUGCCCUGGGUGGAGCUAGGAGGAGAAUGCAACAUCUCCUGUUCCAAGACAGGCUACAGCGCCAGCAUCGUGUUCCACACCAAGCCCUUCUACGGAGGCAAGAAGCACAGGAUCACCGCCGAGAUCUUCCCCCCUAACGAUAAGAAGUCGUUCUGCUCCAUCGAGGGAGAGUGGAACGGAGUCAUGUACGCCAAGUGGGCGUCUGGGGAGAACUCCUUGUUCAUCGACACUAAGAAGAUGGGCCUCAUCAAGAAGAAGGUGCGGAAGCUGGAGGACCAGCUGGUGUACGAGUCUCGCAGCAUGUGGAAGGACGUGACCUUGAACCUGAAGCUGAAGGACAUCGACGCGGCGACGGAAGCCAAGCACAGCCUGGAGGAGAGACAGAGGGGGGAAGCCCGUGAGAGGAAGGAGAACGAGCAGCAGUGGGAGACCAGGUUGUUCCACGAGGAUGGAGAGUGCUGGGUCUACGACGAUCCCCUUCUGAAGAGAAUAUCCUCCCAGAGGCACUGAGCUCACUCACACACACACACUCACACAUAUUCACACACACG